AUGAGGAGAUCCACUCGCUCAUUUGCCAGAACUAGAGCCAAACUGCAGCGAGUCAGUGACAUCCAAAUAGUGGAGAAGAACGCUGAACGAAUCAUAAUCUCUUGGCGAGCACCAGUCUCGGCCGAUGCUCCCAUCUUUGUUGCCAUCUCCUGUCUCAAUUGUCAAAAGGAUGAAGCCGUUUAUGUGCCUGGAGAUGUUCUUACUGGCAAUCGGUGA